GCUGUUCACACGUGAUUGGUCAGUUUAACCUUAUACGGAAUUAUUACAUAAAAGAAAGGAAAUUGAAGAUUACUUCACAAACAAAAAAGAACUACUUUCCAUGGAUGAUCAAGAGCAACCACAUGCAGAAGUUGUAUUCAUGGGAGAAGCCCAAGUGGGGAAGACAGCUUUAGUCCAACGAAUAAUCAAAGGGUCAAGUUAUUUUUUAUGGAACGAUAAAUAUGAACCUACAAUUGAAGACUCGUUCGUCAGAGAAUUUAUAGUUGGAGGAAAUUUAUGCAGAUUGAGACUUAUUGACACUGCAGGAAGUUACACGUUCCCAGCAAUGAAUAGACUGUGGCAACGAAGAGCUUCUGCAUUUGUAUUAGUGUGUGCAAGAGAUAACCCAUCAAGUUUAGACAGGAUAAAGACGAUUUUGCAAGAAAUUCAGGAUGAAAGACAAGAAAAUUACAGAAAAUUAAUAACAGUGAUAGUUGUCAAUAAGAGUGAUAUUAGAGAAAGUGAAUGGAUGGUAAAAGAUGAGGAUGUUGAACAACUAGCAGAAAACUUACAGAUACCCUUUAGUUCAGUCGUCACUGCAUCAGCUCGUGAUAAUUACGGUAUGAUUGAAAUUUUAAAAGUACUAUGGCAACAAAAUCAAGAAGCUGGAGAGAACAGAAUUUUAUUUGAUUUGCUGCCUUUUAAGUCUGGUAAGGCUGAUGAAAGAAGAAGAGCAAGUGCAUUUGCAGUACUUUUUGGGAAUUCGUCAUCUAAGGGCGCGACAGUUCUUCACAUAGGACACAAUCAACGUCCUAGGCAUUCUGAUGCACAAGAAAGCAAUAACAUGACACUGGACACAAAUACUAAGUUUCAAAAUGUAAAUUCAUUUGGAAUAGCAUUUAUGAGAAAACUAGGGCGACUAAGUCUUGGUGGACAUCGCAGUAAUAAACGAGACAAAACAAGCCGAGAACCUUCUGUUAUUAAACCAGACUUCUCGACACGAAGAUAUUGGAUAUUGGAAGAUCGGACCACUUUUUCAAACAGUUACGGCAAGAAGCCGUACCAUUUUUACCGUAUUAUGUCAACUGGGCUUGCCCUUGGUUUCGCUGUCGAGGGUGCACCCUGGCACUUGGUUUCUCAUUUAUUCCCAGAUAAAGUUGGUGGGCGACCAGCUUGGCUAGCUCUUCAACACUUACCAUCUCCUAGUGAACUAAAGUGUCCAGUAUGUUUGAAUCCGAUGUGUUUCCUCUUACAGAUAUACUCCCCUCUAUCUGAAAAACCUGACUGUUUUCAUCGGAUGUUAUUUUUAUUUAUGUGCCGAAAUAGUGAAUGUCAUUAUAAGCCUGAUCAUGUACCAUUCUAUGUGUUUCGAUCGCAGUUAUCAAGACAAAAUUGCUAUUACAGCUUCGAGCCCCCUGAGAACGAAUUUCCCAGUCGCGAAAUGUUAAACUCGAUGAUAAAGGCUAACUCUAUUCCAUGGGCUGGCAAAUAUUCAUCUAUCUGCCCAAUAUGUGGAUGUAAGGCAGACAAAAUUUGUUCAAAGUGUAAAACCACUUCUUAUUGUUCUAAAAUGCACCAGGUUCUAGACUGGAAACGACACAAGUUAGAAUGUGGUUCGAAAUGUCACGAUUUCAUGUUAUUAUUCGAACAAAAUAGCUUCUUACUUCCUGAGUACCGUUUAUGUUCUGAACCUGCAGACAACUUUUCUUCAAAUGAUGAAAGUACUUCAGAAGAGGUGGAAACUGACACUGAAACUGUAGACCUGGGACUUUCAAAUGAUUCUGAAGUUAAAGCGCUUGAAUUUAUAGCCAAGAAAGAGACUAAAGAAGAAGCCAGAUUUAGAAUGUUUAGAGAAGCAAUGAAAUCGGCUCCUGACCAAGUCGUACGAUUUCAUAGAGGUGGUAAACCCAUUUGGCUGAGUAACGAUCCUGUAGAAGUUGAAAAAUGUGAAGUUUGCGGUUCUGAACGUGUUUUCGAAUUUCAGGUUACUCCUCAAAUAUUGUUUCACUUAAAAUUGGAUAAAGUUGGUGAAUUAAAUCCAGAUUUCGGUUCGCUUUACGUUUUUACUUGUUCUAAUUCAUGUGAACUUCCUAGAAGAAAAAAAUGUACAGAAGUAUCACCUUCUAAAUGUGAUAAUGCAUUUAUUGAAUAUCAACGUGAAAUUGUCAUUCGUCAAAUGGUUCCAUAA